AUGGACGUACAAUCCCAGCAUCAGGACCAAUGCGAUAUGCAGUCUUACGACACUGCCAAUAUCUCCACUUACGGCAUGACAUCAUCACCAUCGACGUCAUCGUCUCCCGGAUCGAUCAUCUCAAGCGGAAUGUACCCUGAGUACACAGACUGGGGUCACGCAUCACAAACCGAGCUCCAUCAGUACGUACCCUAUCCCCAGAUUCCCCAAACGGACAUUGUGGCCCCGGGGUCGUUCUGGCAAGGAGAUAUGCACACGGGGCUACCGUCAAAUUUUUCCUACACCACAAUGGAACGAGUACCGAGUUAUGAGUACAAUACAGGACUUAUGAAUCAAGUACCAGCUCCAAUAGUGAGUACAAGCAGUACCCCUACUAACACGACCAAGUCUGGCAAGACGAAGCGGAAACGUGUGCAGAGUGUUCCACAGCGUAGAGCCGCAAACAUCCGGGAAAGGCGACGCAUGUUUCAUCUCAACGAGGCGUUUGACAGUCUCCGUAAGCGUCUACCGGCAUUUAACUACGAGAAGCGGUUAUCGCGUAUUGAAACCCUGCGCUUGGCAAUGACGUACAUCGGGUUUAUGAAGGACAUUUCAGAAGGCGAGGAUCCGAAGGAUGUGAAGCUACAGGCCUUCAAGUCCGACAGUGAUAUUUUCGGACAAUUAUCUGAGGGAGAAAAUAAGCUCCCAUCAUAA